AUUUCAGUUGGUGCUUGACAUAUUGCAAGAUUUUGGUCAAUUCGGUGCAUGUGGAUUAAAUAUUAAAUGGAAUUAAGCUUUAAAUUAAUUUAUUAAUUUUUUUUUCGCAAUUAAUUUAAUGUAAAAAUGCCACCGAAACCAAAACCGGCAGCUCCAAGUAAAAAAACUGAGCAAAAAAAGAAAGAGAAAGUUAUUGAGGAUAAAACGUUCGGUUUGAAGAAUAAGAAAGGGGCCAAACAACAAAAAUUUAUUCAACAAGUUGAGAAGCAAGUAAAAACAGGGGGUCAUCACCCAGUAAAAGAAGAUGCCAAGAAAUUAGAGAAAGAGAAAAAAUUAAAAGAUCAAAAAGAAUUAGCCGCCCUCUUUAAGCCGGUUCAAACUCAAAAAAUUGAAAAAGGUGCUGAUCCCAAAUCAAUCGUUUGCGCCUUUUUCAAACAAGGACAAUGUGGCAAAGGAGACAAAUGCAAAUUCUCCCAUGAUUUAUCAAUAGAAAGGAAAGCAGAGAAACGUUCUUUAUACGUUGAUAUGCGAGACAAAGAUGAUGAUGAUACCAUGGAAAAUUGGGAUGAAGACAAACUUAAAGAGGUUAUUGAGAAAAAGCAUGGAAAAGAUAAAAAAAUGCCAACAACUGAUAUUAUUUGCAAACAUUUCUUAGAAGCGGUUGAAAAAUCGAAAUACGGUUGGUUUUGGCAAUGCCCCGCCGGGGAAAAUUGUAUCUACAGACACGCUCUUCCUCCCGGUUUCGUUCUUAAAAAAGACAAGAAAAAAGAAGAUAAAAAGAACGAUAUCUCCCUCGAAGAUCUCAUCGAAAAAGAACGAGCCGCUUUAGGUCCGAAUCAAACUCGAGUAACCCUCGAUAGCUUCUUAGCGUGGAAAAAACGAAAAAUACAAGAACGUGCGGACACUUUGCUCAAAGAGGAAGAGAAGAAACGGAACGAUUUCAAAGCAGGAAGACAAGUGGGACUCUCCGGGCGAGAAAUGUUCAGUUUCAAUCCGGAAUUAGCCGCCGAAUCCGAAAUGGACGAAGGAGACGAAGCCUUCGAGAUGUACACCCGAGAAGAAGACGACGAUGUAAAUGAAUACAAAGAGUUGGAUUUGAGUGCUUUAGCGUUGGAAGCUCAAGAAGUCGAUGGAAGUGGUACUUUAGCCACGGAAGAUCGAUUGAAAAAAGACGAAGCCGCCGCUGUUCCUAUAAACGAAAACCUCUUUGUUGAUGAAGAUUUAGACGCGUUAGAUGAAGAAUUGAACGAUUUAGAGCUGGGUGAAUGAAUUAAUUGGGUUUUGAUAAAAAAAAGAGAUUUAAGGAGACCCAAUCGGAUUUUUAAUAAUUAUUUUUACUCCAUAAUUUUAAUUUUGUAAAUACAAGAAGAAAAAAAUUGUCAUCAUAUUAAUUAAUUAAUUAAUAAUAAUAAAGUGGAUUAAUUAAUUACAGAAGAAAUGUGAUUUUCAAAUCAAUUGGGAAAAUAAUAUUAACAUUUUUUGAUAUUUUCUAAAUAAUGAUGAGCUUGUUUUUAGGAAUUAAGAAAAUG